AUUAAAACUUGUUUUAAUGUAAUUUAUGCAGUCAGACUUACAUGCUUUUACGUAACUAUUUUUAUUUGCGGAAGGAGGUAUGUUGGGGUAUGAGUGAUGCGGUCCGACAGGUUACAUGCGCGCAUUGAUAUGUUGCUAUAAUUAGAUCACUAUAAAUACAAAUGACGCAGCAGCUCCUAUUCAGAAGCUGAUAAAAGAAAAUGGCGGAACAAGGUUCGUACGGUCAAGGUCAAUUUUAUUUCAACUUGUAAAGUUUUGUAUUGUUUUAUCUGAUCACAGAUUUUAGUAUAUACAAGAUAAACUUUAUGUACUUGACUGUACGUUGUAAUGUCGUCAGUUAUCGUUUUGGGUCACAGUUUUAUUCGCCGUUUGGAUGAUAGCCUUACGGGUUCAUGGACAAAUCUAGGUUUUGACCCGGAUCAGUUACAAGUCUUGUGUCUUGGCAAAAGUGGCGGUAAGAUUCCUAAUCUUUACGCUCGUUGUAUUUCUGAUACUAUUCAACAAGUUCAGCCUUCGGUGGUUUUAUUACAAAUCGGUGGCAAUGACCUAGAUUGUGCUGACAAUGUGCGGGUUAAGGGCACACUUGUGACUGACCUAUUUUCGAUAGCCCAGUGGUUAGUUACUGGUUUUGGCAUCAAACGUGUGGGGUUCCUACAAUUAUUAUAUCGUCGGACAACUCGAGUGACACCUGUGACUAUUUACAAUGAAUCUGUGGAUUUCGUCAAUUCUGCCUUAAAACAACGCUGUAUGGGUUCCACGGUGUGUUUCUUUUGGCGCCAUAAGGGCCUUAAAGAUGGCGUCUCUGAAAAUUUGUGUAGGGACGGUGUCCACUUGUCUUCUAAUGGGAUGCGCAAGUACAUAUAUUCUGUGCGUGGAGCAGUUUUACAGGGCUUAAAAUUUGCCGCAGCAUGAGUUAUUUUCUUUCCCUACAAGGUCAUGGGGCAGCUCCCAUACGGAAAACUAGACGGAGGGCAGCUCUCCAACAUAGCAUUGUUGGUCGUAGUACAAGACGACGGACGCAGGUCCCGGUCCCUACACCGGCUUUAACCAGUGAUGUGGUAGAAACAACACCCACUAUACAAGUUUUCAACAACCACCCUUCAGCAACUAGUAUACCUGGGCCAUCAUUCAGAAAUGACGCUACCUCCACUACGCCGGGGUCGAUUAACCAUGCCUUCCCCUCAAAUUCCACUCAACCACCUAUGGCAGCUAACCCCAACACAGUCUUACCGUCCACGCAGGAAAUAGUGAAAGAAUUAUUCAAUUUAAUGAAGGCUGAAGGAUAUAUGGUGCAGGCUCCGGUUGUGCCCACUUUGCCUACAACUACAACAGGGGCACCAUCUGGACUUGGUCAUAAUUCAUCACUCAGUAUACAGUCCCUUGACAUUCAGCGACCGGGACCAGCAGCAGCGACAGGGUCACCAGCUAAUUCAGCAACUGAUAUUAUCCCCCCUCAUACAAGUGGACAUUUCCUGCCUUUGCGUUCUAUGGAUCCUCUGACCAUGCCUGCUACAACACCAACAAUGAACAUUAAUAACCCAUUAUCACAGGUGUUGUCAAAUUUUACGGGUGAGAAUGGUUUUGAGACUUGCCACAGCAUUUCCCGACCUCUGGACAUGCAUAUUGAUACUAAAUUAAAAGCCAAAAUUUUGGCUGGGGAGUACAUUGAUUUUGGCCUGUUGCUCCAAAAAUCUUCUGAUUCGGACCACUUCAAAAUUCAGUUCCACAACAAUGAAUUAGCAUUAGUUCCCAAACAAAAAUCAUCACAGAUUAAAUCCGUGGAACAAUGGCUAUCAGCCUUUCAUAUAUUCGUUUCAAUUUAUGUCCAAUCCCACCCCCAGGCUAUUUCAGCUCUCAUGAAAUAUGCUGACACUGUACAAACUUUGUCUAGAAGGUCGGGAAUUGCUGCGGCUUUGAAUUACGAUUGUAACUUCCGUCGGUGGCAUCAACUUUUCCCUCAAACUUCAUGGGGAAAUGUUCACUCCGAAUUUUAUUUGGAGGCUACAGCAAUUGGGUUGAGAAGUACCUCCCGCCCAAACUCUUUUCAACAGCCCUUUCAGCAGCCCUUUCAUUCCAAAUCAACAAGUUGGCCAAAAGGUGUUUGUUGGCCAUUCAACAAGUCUGGAUCUUGUCGAAAGGGACCACGCUGCAAAUUCCCACAUGUCUGCUCCAACUGUGGAGGGGGGCAUUCCUUUCGGCAAUGCAAAUUGCAAUCCUCCUCCACUCUUCCCCAGGAUAACCCCUCAGGCGGUGGAAACAAUGGCCAACUCUCAGCCACUAAUCCACAACGCCAACAACGUAAACCUCCUCAAAAAAUCUAAACUCCCUACUCCUAUUAAGGUCCAAGUGUUUCUUACACAUUUAGCGGGCUACCCUCAGGAUAAAUUUCAAUUUUUGAAGAUGGGUUUUACUGAAGGUUUUUCUUUGCAGUAUUAUGGUUCUAGGCGAUUUCGAACGUCCAAAAAUCUCAAAUCUGCUCUGGAUAACGUUUCGGUUUUGAAACAAAAAAUUGAAAAAGAAAUUAGUUUAGGUCGCAUACAAGGUCCAUUUCAGACACCUCCUUUUCCAAAUCUUCAGGUAUCCCCGUUGGGCCUUGUACCAAAGAAAGAACUCAAUGAGUUUCGUGUCAUUCAUCAUCUAUCAUACCCUCAGGGUACAUCUAUCAAUGAUGGCAUAAACCCUGAAGAUGCCACUGUGGCAUAUCAGACAAUUGAUGAUGCUGUGCGCCUUGUCAAACAUUUUGGGAGAGGUUCACUCAUGGCCAAAACUGACAUUGAGUCAGCUUUUCGACUUAUUCCCAUUCAUCCUACUGACUAUGAGUUGUUGGGUUUCCAGAUAGAUGACAAGUUUUAUUUUGAUAAAGUCUUACCUAUGGGAUGCUCUAUCUCUUGCCGUCUGUUUGAGGCAUUUAGCUCUGCUAUUCAUUGGAUCAUGGAGACAAAAUAUCAGGUAGCGGGGGUUGUUCAUAUUUUGGAUGAUUUCCUUUUUGUAGCCCCACCUGGUAGUUCCAAAUGUAUGGAAGACUUGGCAAACUUUUUAACUUUUUGUCAACAUACCCAAAUCCCUAUAAAACAAAGCAAAACUGUUAACCCUUGCACACAGUUAACUUUUUUAGGCAUAGAGUUGGAUAGUUCUAAAAUGGAGGCCAGACUUCCUAUGGACAAAAUCAUCAAAAUGCGGCAGUUGUUAGAUCAGUUUUCUCGGCGCAGGAAAGUCACGCUACGGGAAUUACAGUCUUUAAUUGGUUUGUUAAAUUUUGCCUGUAAAGUUAUCUCUCCAGGUCGAACUUUUUUGCGUCGUUUGAUCAACUUGACAUGUGGCCUUCAAAAACCUCAUCACCAUGUACGUUUAAGUCGGGAGGCUAGGGCUGACAUUGCUGCUUGGAAAGUUUUCAUAGACUCCUUUAAUGGGGUUUCCAUGUUCCUUGAUGAUCGCUGGGUAACUACACCACAGCUUCAGUUCUUCACUGAUGCCAGCAAUCGGGGUUUUGGGGCUAUUUUCAACACUUCAUGGUUGUUUGGGACCUGGCCAGCAUCUUUUACCUCCUACCAUAUUACAGUUAAGGAGUUCUUUGCAAUUGUCUUGGCAAUUGAAAUUUGGGGCCCCUGUCUGCGAAAUAGAUGUCUAUUGUUGUACUGUGACAACAUGGCCGUUGUUGAUAUAAUCAACAAACAAACAAGCAAAGAUAGCACUCUUAUGGCAUUAACACGUCGUUUUGUCAUUACUUCCUUGCGUUUUAAUAUUCUUUUUUCAGCACGUCACAUCCCUGGCAAAAGUAAUAUUCUUGCUGACCAUCUGUCUCGUUUACAGGUGGAAUUAUUCCAGCAACAAGCGCCUCACAUGGAACGGCAUUCAACGCCAGUUCCAGAUCACCUUCUGACAAUCUAAGCAUGUUACUUGUACAACUUUUGGAAAAUGCAACAUCCCCCCAGACCAGGCGUACUUAUGCUAGGGCUUAUCAAUUAUACCAACAGUUUCUGGUUGCCAACCAUCCAACACUUCCAUUCAUACCUACUAAUAUGGGCAUAUUAGCAUAUUUCAUUGCUUACCUACAUCAAAAUCAUUUUGCCUCUUCCACAAUAUUGACAUACAUUGCAGCCAUUGGAUAUUUGAAUAAGCUGGCUGGUUUUUCUGAUCCUUCCCAGUCCUUUAUCAUUAAAAAGCUUCUAUCAUCCAUUCAGCGAACGUCGUCACGUGCUGAUAGCCGCCUACCAAUUACACCUGCCAUUUUGGUGAAAUUGGUAGAGUCGUUGCCAUUUGUGUGUCCGUCUGCAUACCAGCAGUACUUACUAAGAGCAAUGUAUCUCUUAGCCUUUCAUGCAUUUUUACGUGUGGGUGAGAUGACUAUGAACAAGUCUGCAUCACAUGUGCUUCAGUAUCAUGAUGCAGUUAUUUCCUAUGAUUCUAAUGGCUGUCCCUCAAAACUUGAGCUAAUUUUUCGCUCAUUUAAAGGCCAUUACAAUAUUCGGCCAAUCACUUUAUCAUUACAAUGUAAGCCUACACAGAGUGCCACCUGUCCAGUGUUGGCCCUUCAUCAGUACCUUUUGCGACGUGGUCACUUGGCAGGGCCACUCUUUUGUUUUCCAAAUUGCAUACCAAUUACCUAUGCUUACUUCAGUACUUGUUUGCACAGUUCACUGGCUUGGGCUGGCCUGGCGCAUCUUCCCUACACUAGUCAUAGUUUUAGAAUUGGGGCUGCCAGCCAUGCUGCCGCUAGUGGUAUUCCUGAUGUAGACAUUCAACAAAUGGGCAGGUGGCAUUCCUUGGCAUUCAAGAGGUACAUCAGAUUGCCAACUUUUUACGACAUGUAACAUUACAGAUAUAUGAACUUUGUCCGUUUCAGUGGCCUUUGGGCAUAGGGUCGAUAGGUUGCUGCAACGGGUUCUUACACUUUAGUGUUUUACUGAUGUUUCACCUCAUAUUAGAGUAAUAGGCUUGUACAUUGUUCAAAUACUUGCAUUCUUAAUAUUUGACACGUUAUAUUCUUCCUUUUUCUGGCCAUAGGGUCGAGGAGUUGGUCAACUGUGUCCGCUUCUAUAUUUUUCACUUUUUGUCUUUUGUAAAUUCGGUUUGCAAUUAUUUUGUAAUGUUAUUACAGUUUUUGUUUUGUACACUACAUUUUGUCCCUUGCUAUGCAAGGAUUAAUCUCAUCAGCUAAAAUCCAUGCUUAGUGCCUCCACUUGUCAGUUACAAUUUUUGUGCAUGUUUAUAUGUUAUGUAUACAAAAAACGCCAACCGAAAGUUUUCACAUAACUUGCAUCUCCCGGGCAUAGGGUCGGGGAGAUACUGUCCUUUCAUGUAGUUGGCUGUUUAGGUUAUAGAUGUCCAUAUCAUCUGUUGUAUGUAUACUCUGGGUCUUCAUGCAGACCUUUCGCCAAUUUUAUUAUGUUGGGUUUUAUGUAUAUAGAUAUAUUAUGUCUCCUUUUCACUGGCAUGCUUGCCUCCAUGAUAAUUGUACUUUGGUUUUACAAUUUUGUUCCAAAGUACACUUUUGAUUAUAUUUGGUUUUAUUCCAUUUGGGCCUUCCACCAUGGCUUCGGAUGGGGGAUGAUUUCUGCUGCACCUCGUUUUAUUUAUGUAUUAGCCUGGUGUUGCAGUAAUCAUUGUGGCGGAAUAGGACCCCCAUCUAAGACUUUUUGGGUCUAUUUAUAUGACAAAAUGUGAACGUCAUAACAACCGUCGUUUAUUGUAAUAAACGGCCAUAUUCAAUUCAGAUUUGGUGUCCUUGUUUUAUUUAAUUAUUUGUCUUACCAGCUUGCCAUGGUGGAUGUCCUGUAUAAAUA